CGCAAUGCAGUCAAUACGCUGUUCUAGAACCACGAAAAUGAACGAAGACCCUGCUCUGUACUCAAAACACUGUCGCCGGCAAAAAUUAGACGCCAACCAUUUCCUUGAUACUUAUUUCAGACUGCUAGAUGUGAAAAACGACGCUAUAAUUUUAGACGUGGGUUCGGGUGAUGGUACAGUAACCCUUGAAGCUCUACUUCCACGCUUACCCAACUUCAGCAAACUCGUCGUUUCCGACGUUUCUGAAAAAAUGGUACAAUUCGCCAGAGGCAGGUUCAACGACGCCCGAAUCCAAACCGUUCGGAUGAACAUCGCCGACAACAACGACAGUUUCACAGGUUAUUUCGACCACAUUUUUUCGUUUUAUUGCUUGGACAUGGUUCCAGAAGAGAGGACCCCUCAAGCCAUACGAAACAUCUUCGAAAUGCUAAAACCUGGAGGAAACUUUUUCGGGACGCUUAUAGUGGAUGCAACCCUUUACAAAUUUUGCGAUAGCAUGAUCCAGGACAACAAGUGGCCACGGGCUAUGGCAGAUUUUCUAAAAGUUAUUUCCCACUACCGAGACUCGGACAACCCCGAAGACAAGUUUAGAUUUUUUUUGGAAAACGCAGGCUUCGAGGUUCAAGUUUGCAAACACGAGAAACGAAAUUUCACGUAUGUGGGUUUCAAGAAUUUUUUGGAUUACGCUUUGUCGAUUUUUCCUGUUCCGAAGGUUUCGCAAGAGGAACGGGCGAAAUUCGUUGAAGAUUUUGAAGACACUGUUAGACAGCGCAAUUUUGAUGAUAUUGACAACGUUCAGUUUUUUUAUAGCGUUUUGGUGGUUUGUGCCUCAAAACCUGGUAAAUAAAUUGUUUAGUUAGUUAAGUUUUGUUUAAUAGAGUGGUUUAGACGCACAAGCAGUCAACAUUGUGUACAUU